AUGGCGGUGAUGUCUACGUUGACGGGGAUUUUACCCCUGAGGGCGUUGCACAGGCAGUUAGCAGCGGUGUUGCCUGGGAGGCUGGACAUCUGCGAGCAGCACUGUUGUGACAACAAGGUGUUGCCCAGACCCACGCUAAGGCACAGGUUGAUGUUGGAGAAGACUAUUGGGCACUUGGGAGGCGGCGUCGGCGCCGGCGGCGGGGUUAUAAUAGGCGGAGACGGUGGCGACGAUGGUGGUAGACUGGGUGGUGGGACUGUGGGUGGAGGUGUUGGUGUCACGACAGGUGCUGGUGGUGGCACGGAUGGAGGUGGCGACGAUGGUGGAUUGACUGGGGCAAUGGGAGCCGAUGAUGGCGUCGGGAUGGGAGUUGGUGCCGGUGCCGGGAUUGGUACGGGAGUUGGUGCCGGUGAUGGUGUCGGGACUAUGCUAGGAGUUGGUGCCGGUGAUGAUGUCGGGACGGGAGUUGGUGCUGGUGAUGGUGUCGGAACAGGAGUUGGUACCGGCGACGGUGUUAGGACCGGAGUCGGUGACGGUGACGGAACAGGAGUUGGUGCCGGCGACGGUGCCAGGACAAUGACUGGCGUUGGCGCGGGUGACGGUGUCGGCACAGGAGCUGGUGCUGGAGGUUCAGUCGGGGCUGAUACUGGCGGGGCUAGGCAUGGGUUAGGCAAAAGGUUUCCAUUGACAGAAGAAGCUAAGAUGAAAAGAAUUAUUGAGAAGAAUAGAGCAGGAUUUCUUUGUUUGGUUGCCAUUGUUGCCUAG